AUGGCGUCGUCACAGACGUCCCUUGCCCGCCUUUUGCGGCGUACCCGCUUCAACACGUAUGAUCCAAAAAUCAAGCAGGUGUACCAGACCCCUGUCGCACAUGCUGUGCGUGGUGACUGGGGCUUGAAGCGUCCGUUGCCGUCGUCAUGGCAGUCCACCGCGGAAGCGCCAGCGCCGGCGCCGUACCCAGGCUCGUUGCGUUAUGCCACAGUGGACAAAGUGGACAAUGCGCAGGGCAUGACCGAAUGGAAGGAGUCGGAACGUGAACCACUCUUCCGUACACGCUGGCAUGAAGCUGGUGCGUCGCUCUCUGACAAGGCACGUCGUGAUGCGAUCGUUGUAGGAACGAGUGAGGACAUUGUAAACUCGGACUUGGGCCCUCGUCCUCGUAUUGCAUACGACCCAGCAACAUGCAUGGACAAGGAUGCUUUGCCGAACCAUGUGGUAUGGGGCACUUACCAUGAGCGCUACACUGAUAAGCCUGAUGUGCUCCCAAACUACAAUGCUAUGGAUGAGAAGACAUUCCAGCGGUUCUUAUCGAACAUCCGCCGACGACGCAACAAGUUCCGGGAGGCUUUGCGUCAGCAGCGUACGGAUGCUGUCGCACAGACGCAGAUGGAGACAUUGGCGCAGGCCACGACGCAACGCACGGUCAGCGACGCUGAGCGGGAGCAGACGAAGGCGCCCUCGACGCCGGCCCCGGCUGUGGAUAUGUGGACAGAGGCUCGUUUGCCUCAUGCGCCGCAGAGUGCAGCUGAGUUCUUGCAGGCGCAAGCGGAGACACGAUACGAAGCCCCUGACAGCCAUACCCUUCAGUCGCCUGCAUAUGCAGCGACAGCGCAUCCCCUGCGUGGCUUGCAGUAUUCUCAGCCGGACAGUGUGUAUUCGUUCUUGAUGAACGAGCCCAUGCACGGCCGUGCCUUGCAUCGUGUGGAAGACCAGCGACGAAAGCGCUACAUGGUCGGCUCCGAUGCCUCGAUGGCUGUGGCUAUGGGUGGCCAUAUCGGUUUCCUGCCUUUGCAGCAUCGUCAUGGCCUUGAUGUGGUGGAUUAUACGCGUGCCAAGCCUGAGCGUGGCGAGUCGUACUUCCGUGUCCUGUACGCUUCGCUGGAGACCAAGAUGACCUCGCCCAACCAACGUCGCAACCCGCCGAACGUGACAUGCGAGCCUGAGCUGGGCAAGGUACAGAUGUAUGUGAUGGCCUUGCGCCGCUCUGGUGGCCGUGGUGAGUACGUGGCGCCGCCACUGCCGGGCUCACCAGCGUGGAUCGACUCGGCAGAAACGCCCACGUCGGCUACGUCGUUGAACAGCUCCCUGGGCGCAUCGAGCCCAGAAGCUGGCUCGCUCUUUGGCUCGUUGGCGCGGAAUGGCCGUGCGAACUCAGCGCCGCGUCAAAAUCAGAAGCGCCAGCGCAUGCAGAAGCGCAACCGCGACAUGUCGGGGUCUGUGCAGCGCGAUGUCCAGAUGCUGAACAAUAUCAAAAACCUGUUAUCGCCGCAAUAG